UGCUCCAGCGGGGGAGGGUGCGAUCGGAAAGUGACUGAGCGCCGAGACCCGUCGGCCCCAGCUCAUCCUGCGGCCGGCGGGGAGAGCCCGGCGGGGAGAACGCGGGGUUGGCGGCUCCGCGGGUGAGGCGGCGGCGCGGCGGCGACAGCACCGAGCGGGGCCGCGGGGCCGCGCCCCGACCCCGGCAGUGGCGGCGCCGGCGGAGGGGCGGGGCGCGAGCGGCUUUGGAUUAACACUAAAGCCCCACAAUGUCCUUGAAACCACGAGUAGUUGACUUUGAUGAAACAUGGAACAAACUUCUAACAACGAUUAAAGCUGUUGUGAUGUUGGAUUAUGUUGAAAGAGCAACGUGGAACGAUCGCUUCUCAGACAUUUAUGCUUUGUGUGUGGCCUAUCCUGAACCUCUUGGAGAGAGACUUUAUACUGAGACUAAAAUUUUUUUGGAGAAUCAUGUACGCCAUUUGCACAAGAGAGUUCUGGAAGCUGAAGAACAAGUACUGGUUAUGUAUCACAGAUACUGGGAAGAGUAUAGCAAAGGGGCAGACUAUAUGGACUGUUUGUACAGGUACCUCAACACACAGUUUAUUAAGAAGAACAAAUUGACUGAAGCUGAUCUUCAGUAUGGUUAUGGAGGGGUGGAUAUGAAUGAACCUUUGAUGGAAAUUGGAGAGCUAGCUCUUGAUAUGUGGAGAAAAUUAAUGAUUGAGCCACUGCAGGCCAUCCUUAUUCGGAUGCUCCUCCGAGAAAUAAAAAAUGAUCGCUGUGGAGAAGACCCAAACCAGAAAGUAAUCCAUGGGGUUAUUAACUCCUUUGUUCAUGUUGAACAGUAUAAGAAAAAAUUCCCCCUAAAGUUUUAUCAGGAAAUUUUUGAGUGUCCUUUUCUGAAUGAAACAGGGGAGUAUUAUAAACAAGAAGCUUCGAACUUAUUGCAAGAGUCAAAUUGCUCGCAGUACAUGGAGAAGGUUUUAGGUAGAUUAAAAGAUGAAGAAAUGCGGUGUCGGAAGUACUUGAAUCCCAGCUCAUAUGGCAAGGUGACUCAUGAAUGCCAGCAGAGGAUGGUAGCUGAUCACUUGCAGUUUCUACAUGCAGAAUGUCACAAUAUUAUCAGACAAGAGAAAAGAAAUGACAUGGCAAAUAUGUAUACUCUGCUCCGUGCUGUGUCCAGUGGUUUACCUCAUAUGAUUCAGGAACUACAAAACCAUAUCCAUGAUGAGGGCCUUAGAGCAACCAGCAAUCUUUCUCAGGAAAAUAUGCCAACUCAGUUUGUGGAGUCAGUUUUGGAAGUACAUAGUAAAUUUGUUCAACUAAUCAACACUGUUUUGAAUGGUGAUCAACACUUUAUGAGUGCCCUUGACAAGGCUUUGACAUCAGUAGUUAACUAUCGGGAGCCCAAGUCAAUCUGCAAAGCACCUGAGUUGCUGGCCAAAUACUGUGACAACUUGUUAAAGAAAUCAGCGAAAGGAAUGACAGAGAAUGAAGUAGAAGACAAGCUUACGAGUUUCAUUACUGUUUUCAAAUACAUUGAUGACAAAGAUGUAUUCCAAAAGUUCUAUGCCAGAAUGUUGGCAAAAAGAUUAAUUCAUGGUUUGUCUAUGUCUAUGGAUUCUGAAGAAGCGAUGAUAAACAAACUAAAGCAAGCCUGUGGUUAUGAAUUUACCAGCAAGCUCCAUCGAAUGUAUACAGACAUGAGUGUUAGUGCUGAUCUCAACAACAAAUUCAACAACUUUAUCAAAAACCAGGACACAAUCAUUGAUUUGGGAAUUAGUUUUCAGAUAUAUGUUCUACAGGCUGGUGCAUGGCCUCUAACUCAGGCUCCUUCUUCUACAUUUGCAAUUCCUCAGGAACUGGAAAAAAGUGUACAGAUGUUUGAAUUAUUUUACAGUCAGCAUUUUAGUGGAAGGAAGCUUACUUGGUUACAUUAUCUUUGUACAGGUGAAGUAAAAAUGAAUUAUUUGUGCAAACCUUAUGUAGCCAUGGUCACAACAUACCAAAUGGCAGUGCUGCUUGCCUUCAACAACAGUGAGACUGUCACUUACAAGGAGCUUCAGGACAGUACACAAAUGAAUGAGAAGGAGCUGACAAAAACCAUCAAAUCUUUGCUUGAUGUCAAAAUGAUCAACCAUGACUCAGACAAGGAAGAUAUAGAGACAGAGUCUACAUUUUCAUUAAAUAUGAACUUCAGCAGUAAACGAACAAAGUUUAAAAUUACCACAUCAAUGCAGAAAGACACACCACAGGAGAUGGAGCAGACCCGAAGUGCUGUGGAUGAAGACAGGAAAAUGUAUCUGCAAGCUGCUAUAGUCCGUAUCAUGAAGGCACGGAAAGUGCUGCGACAUAAUGCUCUUAUUCAGGAGGUAAUUAGCCAAUCAAGAGCUAGGUUUAACCCAAGUAUCAGCAUGAUUAAGAAGUGUAUUGAAGUCCUGAUAGACAAACAGUACAUAGAGCGAAGCCAGGCCUCUGCAGACGAGUACAGUUAUGUAGCAUGAUGUGCUGUCCUGCAGGUAUGAUUGUAAGGAGAUCAUUGCUGUCACUGUUUGGUGUGUUCCUGUGGGAAGAGGCAGGCCUGUGCCUCCAUAAUUGGUCACUUGGCAGCCCCUGUUUUUCUGCUGUUUACAACAUCACCAGUGCCAUGUCAUGAGCGUCAAUGAAAAUGCCUAUAGAUAUUUCAAGCUCAUGUCAUUAUGACAUUUCUUAAAACUUUACUAAAAGAAUGAGUGAAGUAUUGCUGAAAUGUGGAGAAUUGGUUGGGUACCAUGCUUUUUUUUUCCCCCCUCCCCUUUCACGUUUGCAGUUGAUGUUUUUUAAUGUAUCUUAAGACAAAGUAAAAAAAAAAUCACACAAAAAACCUAAAUAUUGUAAUAUGACAGAUAACCUAAUAAUUGUAUCUACAUUAAAAUGUAAAAAAAAAUGACGAACAUGAUACUGCUGCUUGUCAAAUAAAAAAAUAAAGUUAUAUAA